AUGGGAUCUCGCCCACCAGCUUUCGAUGGAGCAGCGGGAAGCUGGGGUACGUACCGCAUACGUCUUGAAGCCUUCUUCGAGGGACAUGAAGUAACGGAUCCCGGGAAGCGCCGCGCCUUGCUGAUUUCUUCGCUGAGCGAGAGCGUUGUACGGAUAUUACAAGGACGUAAUCCAAGCACCCCGGUCAACACCUUAAGCUACGACCAGGUUGUGGAAUGUUUGGAAGAUCAGUACAACCCGCAAGCUAAUGAAAUUGCAGCCAGUUAUGCGUUUUUCAUGCGGAAGCAAAAGGAAGGCGAGAGUGUGCGAGAUUUCAUCGCGGAACUCAGGAGGCUAGCCGAAAGCUGCAACUUCGGUAGUAUGAUGGACCGUAUGUUACGAGAUCGCAUCGUUUGCGGUAUCCGGGACGACGACGCACGGCGUUCUUUGUUGACGCGAGCUACGCUGACCUUGAAAGAGGCCGAGGACUUCGCCAGGGCUUCCGAGGAGGCACAGGAAGACGUCCGUGACAUGCAGGAGACUGGCGUGGGCAACGGAAGUGGUACCAUGAACGCCCUGCUGCGACUACGACGACGUGAGUCCCGGGCGCCGAGCAGCAACCUGGAAAGCAGUCGUCCACUGUGCGAACGUUGCGACGGGCCGCAUGAUUCCAAUGUGUGCCGCCAUCGAAACACCAAAUGCCGUAUGUGCGGGAGGAAAGGUCAUCUGGCCAGGGUAUGCCGCAGGAGUCGUUCCCGGACGUCAGGUGCAUAUGUCGUGGAAGAAUAUGAAAGUGAGAGCGAAGAAUUUAUGCUUGCCUUGGUGGCACACAGUGCGACCGACAGGGACGUCUCGCGGCCUCUCGAGAAGGUUUUGACGUGGGGAGGGCAGGAACUGAGCAUGAUAAUCGAUACGGGCUCGCCGGUGAGUGUGAUUCCAGUGAGUGUAUACGAGAGACACAGAAGGCGGUGGCCAGCUCUCGCAAAAACUGCCCUGCGGCUAUCAUGCUUUCUUGGACCCCUGCCCGUCAUUGGCAAGUUAACCAUGGACGUGAAGUCUGGGACAGUAACCGUGACCAGUAAGUUAGUGGUGGUGGGCUGUCAAGGACCACUCCUCUGCGGCCGGCGUACAAUCGAGGAAUUUGGCAAGGCCGGCGUGUCUCUUUUGGACGCCAACAGCGCUGCGUGUGUAAACUUUGUUCAACAGAAUGCGCAGUUGAAAGCCCUACUUGACGAAUUUUCGCAGCUGUUUGACAACAAACUGGGUUGCUGUGAAGGGCCUCCCGUUAAGCUACACAUCAAGGAAGGCGCUCGGCCUCGUUUUUGCAAAGCACGGACCGUGCCUUAUGCAAUGCGUGCCCAAGUCUCAGCAGAGAAUGAUCGCCUGGUGGAAGGAGGAGUGCUUUCCCAGAUCAGCGUCUCUGAAUGGGCAACGCCGGUAGUCCCCGUGGCGAAAAAGAACGGUGACAUAAGACUCUGCGGGGACUUCAAGUUAACGGUGAAUCCGGCUACUUACUCGGAACAGUAUCCUCUGCCGAAAGUUGACGAUAUCUUCGCAGCGCUUGCUGGAGGUGAAGUCUUUAGUACGUUGGACCUACGUAACGCACACAACCAGCUUCCUCUAGACGCCGAAGCUAAAAGGAUCGCAGUGCUGAACACGCAUAAGGGACUCUACUGUUACAAUCGCCUCGCUUUUGGAAUCGAUUCAGCCCCAGCUCUGUUCCAAAGGCGCAUGGAAUCAGUCCUCCGAGGUCUGCCAGGAGUGAAAGUCUACCUAGAUGACAUUAUUGUUGCGGAAAAGAAGCACGAUAUGUCGGUAUUACGACAAGUGUUCCAACGACUGCAGGACAGCGGCCUGAAGCUGAAUAAAACCAAAUGCAGAUUCCGAGAAAAACAAGUGACUUUUCUGGGCCACCGCAUCGACGAAAAAGGCCUGCAUCUUUUGCAAGACAAUCUCGGCGCCAUACUAGGUGCACCGUCGCCAACUUCGUGUAUGCCACUACCUGCAGCUCAGGUUCCGUCAAGUUGGCCUGAAACUGACAAGCGCUGGUCUCGGCUGCAUGUCGACUUUGCUGGUCCUGUGGAAGGUCACAUGAUCCUUGUGCUGGUGGAUGCAGGAUUCAGGCCACUCUAA